AUGAACUCGUUAGCACCACAACAAUAUUGUUUACGGUGGAAGUAUCAUCACUCAAAUUUACAAGCAAUGUUUUCUCAACUUUUAGAACGGGAGAGUUAUUGUGACGUUACAUUGGCUUGUGAGGGAAAAACCCUUAGAGCCCAUAAGGUUAUGCUUUCUGCUUGUAGUACUUACUUUGAUACUAUACUGUCACAGCAUGAUGAGAAUAAAGCAAUAGUUAUUCUCAAAGAUGUUAAGUUCUCUGAUAUUCAAGCCUUAGUCAGUUUUAUGUACAAAGGAGAAAUUAAUGUUGAAAAUACCGAGCUUUCUUCUUUGUUAAAAACUGCAGAAGAACUUAAGAUUAAAGGCUUGGCUGAAGUAUCAUGGAGAUCAGAUCAAGAACAGCAAAACCAAAGUUUUAAUGUAACUGCUGAUGAGUCAAAUAUUAGCAAGAAGAGAAAAUUAGAUUCAACACUCGCUACUACUGCUAAUAUAAAAAAAGAAUUUACAGAUAAACCACAAGAAAAUGAUGAUAUGGAUGGAGCAGAUGUUGAAGACGAGUCUGAACCUGAACAGUCCAUUUGGGAACCAGAAAUGCAACAUGUGGUUGAUACUGACAAUGUAGAGCUUCCUAAACCAACAACUGGUACAGUAAAUGUAACAACUUUUUCAUCUGAAGAAGAAAGAGCAAGUAGUGUCACCAAUGCUAGCCAAGGAUUCAGUGAACAACCAGCACAUGUUCCAGAUCUAAGCCAAUUUUCUGAUGUAAUGAAAAUGAAUGACUAUCUAGAAUCAGGUGGACGCCGUCCACAAUUUUGGGAAGAACCUUUUACUAAAAGACUUAUGGAAGCAAUAAAAAAUAAAGAACUAGAAAUGAAAGUUGCCGCAGAGUUAAUGGGAGUAUCUUAUGGAACCCUUUACGGUAGAUAUCGAGACGCUUAUGGUUGCUUAAAACAUCCGUACAGAGUUCGAGAUUUUUGGUUGGAACAAGGUCCAGCAGAUGUAUUGGCUAAAUUGCAAAGAAAAGAAUUAACUCUAUUCCGAGCAGCAGAAAUACUAAAUGUCACUGUAACCACAUUGGCUAACUACUUGUCAACAAUGAGACAAGGAGAUAAUUCAAUUACUGUAUCUACUGCUACUGUAAGUGCUACUGACAAAUCAACAUUUAGAGAAGAUGCUAUGUCUGAAAGUGAUAGAGAAGAAGGUUCUGAUGAAGAUGAUGAGGACAAUGAUGAAAUUGAAAAUAUUAUAACAAGUAGUACCACUCAAUCUCAACAAAAUAAACCAGACAUCACUUUAGUUACAGCACCAGGUUCAAUAUCUAAAGUGAACAAUCUAAACGGUAACUAG